UCAUUAUUUCUCCCAGUGUCUCAUCCAGCACCAGGUCUAAGAUCUGUCGCAGUUUAGUAAGAAACCAGUCAUGUAUACAAACCGCUGUGCCGAGCACUGACAGUUGCCGCAGAGGCGAAAGCCGCAGAAAUGGGAAAAAGAGACAAUAGAGUGGCGUAUGUCAACCCUAUCGCGGCAUCACGCUCUAGGGGACCGGCUUCCAACGCAGGGCCAACUAUUCAGGAUUACCUGAGCCGACCACGGCCGACAUGGGAGGAGGUGAAGGAGCAACUGGAGAAGAAGAAGAAAGGAUCCAAAGCGCUGGCUGAGUUCGAGGACCAGAUGCACGGGAAAUGGAAGAAAGAGCUGGAGAAGAACAGAGAGAAGAUCCUGGGCGGGCUGGAGAAGAAAGAGAAGAAGGAGAGGGAGAAAAAGGAGAAGGAGAAGAAAGAGAAGGAGAAGGAGAAAAAGAAAGAGUUGAAGGAGAAGGAGAAAGAGCUGAAGGAGAAGGAGAAGGAGAUGAAGAAGAAAGCCAAUAGGCAUUCUUCAUCCUCCUCCUCUUCAUCAAGUUCUGAUUCCUCCAGCAGCUCUUCAUCAGAUGCUGAAGACGAGAACGGGAAGCGGAGCUCUAAAAAGAGACGGAAGGGAAAGCGUGGGGACAGGAAGGAGAGGAGGACAUCGGAUGGUUCCACGGGGGAGUCAGACACCGAGACCAAGUUCGUGAUAUUAUCGUUUCUCCCCAAGACGGCUCCGUUACCCCUCGAGGAGGGAGAACCAGAGCAGGAUGAGCAGAGCCCGGGGAGUAAGCUGAAGUCAGAGCCCAGCCUUAAAGACCCGUCUUCAGCCGGCUCGUCUCCGGAGACGGAGCGAGAGGAAGGGGGGGAUUCCAAGAAGAGAAAGAGAAGUAGUGAGGAGAAGGACCGAGCCACAGACAAAUCAAAGAAGAAGAGGAAAAAGAAACACAAGAAACAAGGGAAGAAGAAAAAGAAGAAGACGGCAGCGUCGGACUCUGAGUCUGACUAGCCACGCCACGCCCCUCUCUCUUCAGCCCAGCAGCUCAGAGCCUUCUACAACCAGAACCAAACCCCCCCAGGGGGUACCGUGACCCCCCACCCUGCCUCCCUCUGACGGGGGAAGCCAAGGAACUGACCUCUGGCCUCUGGUGGGGGAGAUGGUGAUGGGGAGAGGGGAGGAGAGGGGGCAACAGGGGUUGGAAGGGGGAGCAAUUAGGGAGCUUCCAACCGAUAAAACUUAAAUUUAGUCUUUUAUUUUUUUCUUUUAUCAAUCCAAAUACAGGUCAGUGAAAUAUAGUUAUUUAGAUCUGAAACUAUUUGGACAGGUAGAAGUAAUAUUCACCUAGCUUUACGAGGCAGGUCAGAUCGCUGCAUGUUAAAACCCUUACAGCUGUCUCUGAUCUAGAAAAGAGGAAGAUUUUAUCUGGCUGAGGAGAAUUCUAACAUACUGUGGAUGAGGAAACGUCCAUUGUGAAUGGUGUUUCAGACACCUUGCUGGCCCUCUUAACGAGCCGUCACCUCUUUUUACAUCUGAAGGUCUUUGUGUUCCUUAGUCUGACUGGACGGUGAGGUCAUUUCUCAUGACUUUGUCUGCUCGUGUCGUCUUGCGCAUGUGAACCUGACCAGUGCUUUCUCGCCAGCCUCAUAUUGAAGUUGGGAUGGUGAUAUGGAAAGUGCGAGCCUGUACGGUUACGUAAACACAAGGAAUAACAGUCCAGUUCCUUCAGAAUAUAUGAAUCUUAUACAACAGGGAAUGACAAUGUACACAUGAAUGGAAUUUCAUUAAUAAAGUGUUUGUGUUUUA